UAUCUCUUUUUAACGUCAAUUGUCAUUUGAAUUUAACCUGUUUACAAUUGAUGUUUACCGUUUAUACAUUUAAAAUUAACUAGUAAUAUAUUGAUAAUAGUUAUAUCUGAGCUAUCAAGCGUAAGGGUACAGUUAAUUGCAAAAAUCUGGCACUAGCAUUGUGUAAAGUGGUUUGUUUGAUUAUAGUUAAAGUGUGCUAAAAUGUUUAAUCAACUCGGCGGCGGCACAAGCAAUCCCAACAAGGAUUUGGAAGUGACUUCCCCGCCUGAUGAUACCGUGUCUUCGCUAGAAUUCUCACCACCAUCCGUACAACAAACAUUUCUCGUUGCCGGCAGCUGGGAUUGCCGAGUAAGAUGCUGGGAAGUAGAAAUUUCUGGCAAAACUGUACCAAAGGCAGCACAAUCUAUGGAUGGGCCCAUUUUAGAUGUGGCAUGGCAUGAUGAUGGAAGCAAGGUGUUCAUGGCCUCGACAGACAAAAGUGUGAAGUGCUGGGACCUAGCAGCCAAUCAAUGUGUACAGGUGGCAGCACAUGAUGCCCCCGUGAAGACAUGCCACUGGAUCAAAGCUCCCAACUACAACUGUCUGAUGACCACAUCUUGGGACAAGACAAUUAAAUUCUGGGACACUCGCAGCGCAGUGCCCAUCAUGACAAUGAAUCUCUCGGAGCGCUGCUACUGUGCUGAUGUGGAGUAUCCCAUGGCAGUGGUGGGCACGGCCGACCGCGGUAUCUGCUUGUACACACUGGAGGGCAAGCCGGCCGAGUACAAGCGCGUCGAGUCGCCGCUCAAGUACCAACACCGUUGCAUCGCUAUCUUCCGGGACAAAAAGACCAAGCAGCCAACAGGCUUUGCGCUGGGCAGCGUGGAAGGUCGUGUCGCCAUCCAAUAUGUGAACCCUGUCAAUCCUAAAGACAACUUCACCUUCAAAUGCCACCGCGCCGGCGGGGGGACCACCGGCAGCUUCCAGGACAUUUACGCGGUGAACGACAUCGCAUUCCACCCGGCGCACGGCACACUGGCCACGGUGGGAUCGGAUGGUUCCUACUCCUUCUGGGACAAGGACGCGCGUACCAAGCUAAAGUCCUCGGAGACCCUCGACCAGCCACUCACCAAGUGCGCCUUUAACCACAGCGGCCAGGUGUUCGCCUACGCCGUCGGUUACGACUGGUCCAAGGGGCAUGAGCACUACAACCCUGCCAAAAAGAACUUUAUCUUCCUGCGGCCGUGCUUCGACGACCUCAAGCCGCGCACCACGUGAACGCCGCGUCUUUGUCAAUAAAACUCAACUAUCCCUGUUGUUAUUUCAACUACAGUCGGGACUAUAUGUACAAGUUCUGGAAUUGAAACAUAUUUUAAUAUGCACAAGUCCUUGUAUGUAAAGUGUUACAUAAAAUAUUGUAAUUACUUACUUUACUUCUUAUUAAAUAGAGCAUAAGAUUCCAAAUAUGUUUUACUGUAUAUAUGUGCUGCCUGGUUAAAUACACAAGUAAAUGUUG